AUGCUUAUACACAAUCCGUAUUUAACCGAAACCCAAAACAAGAUACCAUUAAUUAAAACUAAUCACGCUCAAACCUCGCAAGAAUUGGGACACCGCAAUAACAACAAAACUAACAUGGAGGAAACGAAAAUCAUCCAGCAGCUAUUGCUACUCAUACAGUUCAUACCAUUUAUAGGGCCGGCACAGUAUGCCAUUGAGGCCAUUGUGGCCUACAUGUGUGGCAACCAGGAGAAGGCCCGGGACAAGGGUAUCACGUCAACCAUAAACGGCCUGAUCGAUUUGGCAGCGCUGGCACUGUUCCUGCUAUCGGCAGCCCAUAUAGCCGUGCAGUGCGAUCGCAGCGCUACGCUCCAGGCCCUCAAACCCAUAUUGACCGCCAGUUGUGUCAUUACAGUCGCCUCCAUAUUAAUCGGCGCAAAGAUUAUUGCCGAACAGUUAGCACGCGCUGUCGUCGAAAAGGUGCUAUCUGUGCACACGGCCAGCACAUCUAUGGUCAAUACGGUUACUAUAACUGCCACAGGCAUUGAGGCAGUGGUCGGCACUAUAAACGAGGCCACAAAUGUUACUACCAAUCGGGUUAAGUCUGGCUAUACUAAGGCUACCAAUACUGUCAAAACAGUUUUUGCCCGAUCUGACAAAAUACCCGCCGGUGGCCGCCAUUGA